AUGCACUUUGAGCAGGCCGUGAGGAGCUUUGAUACUGAAUGCCAAGUGUUGCGGAUGGCUCGGCAUCGCAACUUGAUACAGAUACUGAAUACCUGUUCCAACUUGGAUUUCAGAGCUCUGCUGCUCCAGUACAUGCCCAAUGGUAGCUUGGAGGCACAAUUGCACUCUGGAAAUAGUGAACCACUAGGAUUCAUCAAAAGACUGGACAUUAUGCUUGGCGUGUCGGAGGCAAUGGAGUAUCUGCACCAUCAUCACGGUCAAGUUGUCCUACACUGUGACCUGAAGCCUAGCAAUGUGUUAUUUGAUGAGGACAUGACGGUGCACGUCGCUGACUUUGGCAUUGCGAAGUUACUUCUUGGCGAUGACAACUCCAUGAUCUCAGCAAGUAUGCCAGGGACAAUCGGGUACAUGGCCCCAGAGCUUGCAUACAUGGGUAAGGCUUCACGGAAGAGCGACGUGUUCAGCUUUGGGAUCAUGCUGCUCGAAGUCUUCAUCGGGAAGAGGCCCAUGAAUCCCAUGUUUAUCGGGGAAUCCAGCCUCAGGCAGUGGGUUUCCCAAGCAUUUCCAGCAAGGCUCGUCGUUGUCGUUGAUGAGAAGCUGAUGCAGGCAUCGCCUUCCACCGCCUCCAACACAGACUUUCUUGUAUCGGCGUUUGAGCUGGGCCUGGAGUGUUCGAGCGACUCACCUGACCAUAGGCCGAGCAUGGACGAAGUGGUCGUGAAGCUAAAGAACAUCAAGAAUGAUUGCUCUGCUUCCAUGGCAGCAAGGCUCGGGGUUCGGCAGCGUUGA